UUUGGACAUAGUUUUAGUUAUAUAUUAAAAGCAUGGCCAGUUCAUCUGAACCAAAUGAUAUUGACGAACAGUUGAUGAGCUUUGAAAAGCUUGAUAGAGCUUCUCCAGAUCUAUGGCCAGAACAAUUGUCGAGUGUGUCAGAUUUUAUGUCUGCGUUACGAAGUCCGAUGUCACCUAAAUCACCGCCAAAAUGGAUGGCAGAGUUAGAAAAGGACGAUAUUGAUAUGCUACAGGAAUUUGGUAGUUUAACAACUGCAAAUUUAUUGGAAAAAGUUCGUGGAUUACAAAACCUUGCUUAUCAACUAGGACUAGAUGAAUCUCGUGAAAUGACAAGAGGAAAAUUUUUGAACAUUCUCGGAAAUGGAAAAUUGUUUGGGAGUUGAUAUAUGGAAAAAUCAUAAAUAUUUAUAUGUUAAAAUACUGGAAUUUAGUGAGAGGGGGCUGUUUUAUGCAAAAAAUGCUUUAGUAUGUUAAUAUCGUAUAUGGAUAUAAAAAUAUAUGAGACUAUCUCUAUCAGUUAUUAUGUGCUUAUCACAUAAGUAUGGACGAUUGCUGCAACCUUCAAUGCAUAUAUCUUGACAAAACAAAUUUUCACUGUAUACUGUAAUAUCUUUGUCAGCCAGCUUGUGAAAGCGCUGUGAUUUUGGAGUAUUAGAAACUUGUUUAAAUACCGAUGUUGAUUGUAGACAUUGACAAUUUGGUUAACAUACCAAAUCUAAAUAUUUCAAAAUGUGAUGCACAAAAAUAUAGUUUCUCAUAAAAUGAAGCAUUUGAAUGUUUAUGAUGAUGGCUUCUAAUUUGAAAUCAUAGAGCUCUCUAUUCAUAGAGUUGAGGUAGAAUUAUUUAUUCCAUUAAGCGACGUUGCCUGCAGAACAUGUUUUAUUACGAAAUCCUCAUAUCUCGCUAGCUCACUAAGCUGAUGAAACUAUUUGCAUUAUUGUGCUAUGCUGUUACUGCAGGCCUCAUAUUGUUUACUUUAUUUGUUGAUUUUCUCUAUACCAAAGAAGUGUGUUUUAAAUACAAGGCCUGGGUGGCAGAAAUUGUGUCUGUUAUAUUUUAUACUCAAUACGAUUUUAUAGGCAAUAUUUUAUCUGUUGUUCUCUAG